AUAGAUGACCCACGCUGAACUGUCCCACCAAACUCAAUGACAGGGGGGCGCUACCAUCGUUCAACUAUAUGGUUUCCAACAUGGCAAAAAUCUGAACCAGCGAUCCGGUAUUGACGGUGGCGCCCCACUGUCAAUGUCAUCGACAGGACAGUCCAGUAUUUUGGAACUAUACCUACUCUGUAACCAUUAAUGUGUUUGGUUGUUUGUUCGGUGGAUUAUUAUUUUUCAAUUCUCGCAUUUUUAUCAAUUUGGUUCUGGUAACUUAUAGUAUCAUUUGGUUACAAUGGUGUUACUUCGCCCGUCUAGUUGUAUUAUCAAUUGCAUGUGAAUAGCUAAAACAUUUUUACGGUUACACUCAUCACGUCACAGGUUCUAGGGAAAUCUGUCAAGAUCACGCACAUUGACAAUAAAAAAAUAGUUAUGCCUUGAUUGAUAUCAUUUUAUCCCGCAUCUUCGGAGCUAAGAUAUCAAACAUGGAAACAGUAUCAACUCCAAUGCAAGAUGACAGCUCUGGAGCAAAUCCCAGCAGUGCAAGUGUUAAGAGUGAUGACAGCAGUCCACGGCAUGAAAGUGGCAGAGGCUCCCCGCCCCCCAAUUGUGCCAUUUGUCUGGGCACUUGCAGAAAUAAAUCAUUCACAGAUUCUUGUCUUCAUCAAUUCUGCUUUAAAUGCCUUUUAACAUGGAGCAGGGUAAAAGCUGAGUGUCCACUUUGCAAACAAAACUUCAGGUCUAUUAUACACAAUGUACGUUCCAACCAUCAGUAUGAAGAGUACAUGGUGGAACAGCGUCAAACUGAAGAGGCGCUUGAAAGACUCGACUUUGAAAGUCUCACUGCAAGCACUCGAAGGUUUAGAUACAGGACGACGCUCACGCUGCCGCGGCGCGAGACGAUCGCGAUCCAGCAGCUGCUGCUGCAGCACUACCCCAUCAUGGCGGACGUGUUCCCGCCGCCCGCGCCCCGCACGCUGCCCGCGCGCCGCCGCCGCUCGCCCGCCGCCUUCCGCCGCACCGUCUACCGGCACAACCUCUGGGCGCGCCCGCUGCCCGACUUCACCGGCCGCUUCCGCGACUGCUCGCCCGAGUUCUACAGGUACAACGACUCGCAGAUGCACCGCUUGGUGCCGUGGCUCAACAGGGAACUCCACUAUCUCCUGAAUGAAAACAUCGGCCAUAUAUCCUACGUGAUCGCACGGAUUCUGGAGCUCCUGCCCCAGUACCACGUCAACUCGACCGAGUUCAGGGAGGCCAUGCAGGUCUACUUCCGCGACCGAACCGAGCACUUCCUUCACGAACUCUACUGCUUCGCUUCGACUCCGUACGACAUGACCGGCUACGAUCGCAACGUCCAGUACACGACGGACACCAGGAUAUCCACGAUGGUCAACGAGGUGAUAUCGAGCUCCGAGUCGGAGGCCAGCGUCGACUCGGACAUCGUGAUGGUGUCCAGCUCGGGGCCCGCCGACCCGCCGCCGGGCCCGUCCCGCCCGCCCGCGCCGGUGUAUCCGCAGAACUACAUUCCCCAGCCCGCCGCGAACAACGUCAUCCCCAUCGAGACGAUAUCGCAGUCGGACACCGACGACGACGACGAGGUGAUGGUCGUCGGGUACAUCAAGCCGCCGCAGGACCGCACGCCCGAGGUCGUCGACCUGCUCGGCUCCGACAGCGACGUCAUCGUGCAGGACGCGCCCGCGGAGCCGCAGCCGCAGACGUCCGAGGCGCAGGAGGCGCGCCAGGCGCCGCUCGUCAAGCUGAUACUGAAGAGGCACGCCAUGGACGCGCCGCCGGACUCCGACAGCGACGACAGCAGCUACACGCCGCCGCCGCGCCGCCGCCGCCGCCCGCGCUCCGGCUCCGCCACCACCUCCGACACCUGCCGCAGCACGCCCGAGCCCGCCGCCCCUGCCGCGCCCGCGUCCGAGCCCGAGCCCGCGUCGUCGCCGCGCGAGAGCUCCAGCUCCAGCUCGAGCUCGUCGUACGCGUCGUGCGUGUCCUCCGCCUCCUCCUCGCCGUCCCUGUUCAUCGACACCGACACCCCCUCCUCGUCCAGCGAGGAGGACAGGAAGAGGAAGGCGCCCCGGAGUAAAAGAUUAAAACGGAAACGAGACGUCGAUCCCUCGAGCGCCGAGAGGAGGAGCAAAUCGCGCAAGUCGCGACCGCGCCGGGACCGGCAGACGGCGAGGCCGGAGAAGGACAAUGCUGGAAAACGCAAACCCAACUCGGGGAAGGCAGCGAAGGCCGCGAGGAGGACCGAGCCGGCGCCGGCCCCCGCGGAGGAGCCCGCCGCGCCGGAGCCCGGCCCGAGCGGCAGCGGCGCCGGCGGCCGCAAGCGGAGGGCGAGCGAGAGCAGGAAGCGCCGCCGACCGAGCCGCGAGAGCAAAAGACUGAGGAGCGUUGUUAAUGUUAUGUAUAAUACUACAAAAAAGAACGGCGAGGCGAGCUCGAGCGGGGGCGCGGGCGGGGGCGGGGCCGGGGGCGGGGGCGGGGGCAGCCCCGCGGCGCCGGGCGCCAGCCGCGUGGCGCGCGACUCCGACUCCGACGACGACCUGCCCCUCAACCUCACGGUCCAGAAGACCUAUCUGUCGCUGUGA